AUGGCAGAGGAGAGCAGCAGUACCAGGGACUGCGUGUCCUUCAGUGUGCUCACCUGGGACCAGGUGAGCCGUCUGCACGAGGUCCUGACUGAGGUGGUACCCAUCCACGGACGAGGCAACUUCCCCACCUUGGAGAUCACACUCAAGGACAUCGUGCAGACUGUCCGUGGCCGGCUGGAGGAGGCAGGCAUCAAAGUGCAGGAUGUCCGGCUGAACGGCUCUGCGGCCGGCCAUGUCCUGGUCAAAGACAACGGGCUGGGCUGCAAAGACCUGGACCUCAUCUUUCACGUGGCUCUGCCCACAGAGGCCGAGUUUCAGCUGGUCAGGGAUGUGGUGCUGUGCUCUCUGCUGAACUUCCUGCCGGAGGGCGUGAACAAGCUCAAGAUCAGCCCCACGACCCUGAAGGAGGCUUACGUCCAAAAGCUGGUGAAGGUGUGCACGGACACGGACCGCUGGAGCCUCAUCUCCCUCUCCAACAAGAACGGGCGCAACGUGGAGCUCAAGUUCGUCGACUCCAUCCGGCGCCAGUUCGAGUUCAGCGUGGACUCGUUCCAGAUCAUCCUCGACUCCCUGCUUUUCUUCUACGACUGCUCCGGCCAUCCCCUGUCCGAGCAGCUGCACCCCACGGUCAUCGGGGAGAGCGUGUAUGGGGACUUCGAGGAAGCCCUGGACCACCUGCAGAACAGACUCAUCGCCACCAAGAACCCCGAGGAGAUCCGGGGCGGGGGGCUGCUCAAGUACAGCAACCUGCUGGUGCGGGACUUCCGGCCCACCGACCAGGAGGAGAUCAAGACCCUGGAGCGCUACAUGUGCUCCCGCUUCUUCAUCGACUUCCCCGACAUCCUCGAGCAGCAGAGAAAGCUGGAGACCUACCUGCAGAACCACUUCGCCGAGGAGGAGAGGAGCAAGUACGACUACCUCAUGACCCUGCGCAGGGUGGUCAACGAGAGCACCGUGUGCCUCAUGGGCCACGAGCGCAGGCAGACCUUGAACCUCAUCUCGCUGCUGGCCCUGCGCGUGCUGGCCGAGCAGAACAUCAUCCCCAACACCACCACCGUCACCUGCUACUACCAGCCCGCCCCCUACGUCAGCGACGGCAACUUCAACAACUACUACGUGGCCCACCCCCCGCUCACCUACAGCCAGCCCUACCCCACCUGGCUGCCCUGUAACUAA